AUGAGUUAUAUUCCAGGGGAGGGUAAUAACAAAGAUAGUGGUUACACCGGCAGAGAGGUCAAUGCCGAUGGCACCACACUCAUCGAGCAUACUGGGGCCUCAAGGAAGCUUGGGUCUUCUGUUUUAAACGAACUUGAUUCGAGGACCAAUGCUAAAUUUCAGCAGUUGCGGACACAGAGCACGCCCCUUGAGAGCGGGGAGGGCCCGACUUUCAGCUCAUACUUUAAUAUCCAACACAAUGCACAAUUCGAGAAGAUGGACUCGGUAAACUCGCACUAUUCGAUACAUCAAUUCACCAAAGAAAACUUGCCCACACGCGCCCCCAAGACCCCAAAAACAAAAAACAUCAAGACGGAGCAAUUGACAUCCGAUUCCAUCAAAAGACUGAAAUCUAACCCCAAUGUGUACGGAACACCACCCCCAAUCUCAGAGAUAACGAGGAGAAUACGAAGACUACGAAUAAGAAACUCGUUAACGGGGACUCCCGAGAGCAGUCGCAGGAACAGCUCGCCCAAGAAAACUUCGGACGUGAAAAGAACACCCAUAACGAAACAAGAACCGAUGAAACCGCCCAGUUUCUUGCAGCCCACAAAAAACUCGCUGAAUAAAAUAAAAAGGUCCCCCCAAGUGUCAUCCGGUUUAAACAACCGACUAAACCCAACGACGAACGUACCGCCGUUGGGCAAACCCGCAUUUGCCUCCAAAUUAUCAAAACCGCCGACCACAGCGUCUAGCAGGCUUCCCGGGCCAUCGAAGUCGGCAACCCUCGCUACCUCGCCGGAUUCGGUCUUCGAUAGACUGUACAAGACCAGUACCAUGUCUCGUUCCAACUCUAUGAACAACGUCAACGGGAACACAAAGACGAAAAUUCACUUCAGCCGAAGUAAAACGAGCUCGUCAUUAGCAAAAAACGGGGAGCAGUCCAAUGUGCCGACGAAAGUCAGACCUGUAUGGCGAUGA